AAACCUGAAUAAAAAAAGGCCACGCAGCGAGAUUUAUUGCAGUAAUGGUCUGAAAUAUUAAAAGAUCUUAAUACAAAACAGUGACGGAAGCGUAACGUCUACAAAAUUUCCAGGACAGAAUUUUGUGAGCAAACCGGUGAAGUUUUCUAUCAAAGUUGCAUUUUGAACCUUCAAUAAUAAGGUUUUGAUUCAGAAAGUUGCCAGAUAAGAAAGGAACACGCCUUCAAAGGUAAGUAUUUUUUUUAAAAGAAGGUUUACAUAGGGUACUUAUAUUAAAUUCACUUAUCAAGCUAUCUUAAAAGCAAGCAGCAGUCCUCAAAUUUGGAUAUGGGGUAAUAAAAAAAUAUUCAUAUAUCCAUGAAACUGUUCCUUAAAUUUAAUUUCUCCAUCUUGAAUUCUAACUACUUUCCCAUGCAACGUUAAACAUACAUGGAUUUCUUUAAUUUUUUGUGCAGGUGUUAAAAGUGUCUGAAGAAUGGAAGCAGCCAACAGAACUGAUGACUUUGACAACACGCAUGUUUUGCCUCUGACGAUAAGCCUAGGAGUCAUAGGCAUUCUGGGUAACGGCCUGGUGUGCGUGACUAUCUACCGAGCCAGGUUCAUGCACAACCCUACCAACUAUCUUAUCAUCCAUCUGGCGUUUGCUGAUUUAUUGGUCUGUUCAACCCAAGUUGCGUUUCAAGAUAGUUUCUUUCCCGACACCAAGAGCAUGUUUCUUUGCAUCUUUUUCAGCCGCGAAAUUCUGGUGUGGUUUUCCAUUCUCUUGUCGUCGAUGGGCAUCAUGAGCGUGACUAUUGAGCGCUACUUGGCGAUCGUUCAUCCGCUGCACUAUCCACGGUACUCAACGCCUCGCAGGCUGUGGUUGGCGGUAGCGGGUAUGUGGUUUUCAGCCACCGUGUUUUCAGCGCUUCACGUUGUGCUGCCAUCUCAGGAUUUGGCGCAAACGGACUGCCUCUUUCCGGGCAAACUCGGCCUACACUCGCCGGUGAUCCGGGCCGGUGUUGCCAUUAACUCUUUCAUGUACCUAUGCCCCAUGAGCUGCUUGUUCUACUGCUACUUCAAGAUCAUAUUGAACCUCAGACGCGGCGCCCACAGGCAGCGUCGCGAUCGCAACCACGCCCCAGCCAACGAGCUGCUCGGUGCGCAGCGACGUGUCGCAGUGGUCUUGGCUAUUGUCGCAACCGCUUACAUUAUCCUCUGGCUCCCAGUUUUGCUUGGCAAUGUGUUUAUAACUCUUGAUGUUGGCUCAGCCAACGAGUUCUUGUUCAAGAUGUUUAGAUGGACUACCAUCCUGCCAGUUAUCAACUCCAUCAUUAACCCCGUAAUCUACGCUUUCAAGUACAAAGAGUUUCAGAGAGGGGUCAAGGAGGCGGUGUUGCCAUGGUGUUUUAACAGAAGACACAGGGUUGCCACGGCAAACGAUGUCAUUGCACUUGGGUGAAUCUGAGAUUUUAUACAAACUAGUUGCCUAAAUUCUCCAAUGAGCAGUAUGCAAGUGCUAGGUACAAGUGCUAAAAUAAAAAUUGCAUGA